AUGGAAAGUCCAAUGUUCUCUAAUGAAGAAGUUAAUAAUUCUUCUGAUUUUACUAUUGAAAAUAUAAAUUAUACUAGUUUUACUAGUAUUACCUCUAUGUCUGAUUCUCUUUUUACUUUUCCUGUUAAUAAUUUUUCUAUUAUAAGAACUAUUGAUACAGAAAUUAGUUUAUCUAAAUAUUUAGAUAAAUAUUUAUUACCGGCAACUUUAACAAAUUUUAGUUUAGACGAUCUUAAAGUUGCAUUAUUUGGAAUACAAUCAAAUUUAAAUAAUCCACCCUUUAUUUCUUUUGAAGAAUACAAAAUGGUUUCACUAAAUGAAAUUGAUUAUUACUUUGAUUUGGAUUCUUUUCUUCUUACUAUUUCAACUUUAAGUUUCAUUAUUUCACCUAUUUCUUUUUUUAUUUAUCCAAACAAAAUGUGGAAUUUAAAAAACCAUAAUCAUGAAUAUUAUUCUAUAACCAAUCCAUCUAGUCAAAAAGAUGAAAAAAUUAGAUUAUGCAAUAUUCCACAUUUUUUAUUUGCACAAUUAACUUUUUUUACACCUUUAAAAAUAUUAAUUUUUUUUCCAAAAAUGUUUAAUUUUAAAAAAAGAAAUAGUUUUUUAGUUAAUAAUAUGUUUGAACUUUGGUAUGAUGAAAUUUUUUACCCUGCUUUAAUUCAAAUUUGUUCUAAAGAUAUUUUACAUCAUAUUCCUACAUCCUUUCAAUCACAUUAUAAUCUAUCUAAAAAAAUAACACAAAACACUUAUAUUUAUGAUAGUUAUAGUCUUGAUAAUGAAUAUUUACAAAAUUUAGUUGAUAUUAUGAGAAAUAAUAUUAGAAAUAACAUUAGUAAAAAUCCCCAAUUAAUAGUUUUCGAAGAUUUUUUUUUUCAUAUUUACGCUAAAAAUUUAAAACUUUCAACUAAAUUUAAAAAUAUAGAUAAAUUUAAAAAAUCUUUAAAUUUUAUUACAAAAAAUUUUGAUGAUUCCGAUUCUACAUGGAAAAAUCUCGCAAAAUUUGAUUUAGGAAUUGAAUUUAUAUCAACUAAAAAUACACCAACAUCAGUAUAUUGGAAAAGAGAAACUUCUAUUAAUCUUGUUAAAAAAAUUGGUGCAACUUUAGCGUUUAGUAGCCCAACCUCAGGAAUUUUUGAAUGGACACAUACUUAUGAUAUUGCUGGUGCUUCUGGUGAAGCUAGUAAAUUUGUACAAGAUAAUUGUAGAAUUUUUUAUGUACAAACAUAUCAUAUUGACAAAGAACCACUUACUGCUUCACAACCAGCAUUAUUUUUAAAUUUAACCGAUUAUGAUGCAGUAUAUAAUUCUUUAAAAAUACAAAAUACUUGUAAGAAUAUUGAUCAAAUAUUAAAUAAUUCUAAAAGUAUUAGUUUUGGUGCACGGCUUGAAUAUAGAUUAUCAUAUCAAAUAACUGAACAAUUUGCUAAAAAAUUAAUAGAAGAGAAUGAUUUAAAUAUUUUUUUACAAACCAAUCCAUUUUUUAUUAUUCCAACAGAUAUUAUAUGCAAUUUUAAAAAUAAACUAUUAAAUGUUUAUUUAAAUGCAUAUAAUCGUUCUUUAAAAAAAUCCUUUAGUCCUGAACUUGUAAAUUAUAAAAUUAGUUUAUAUAUGUUAAUGAAAUCUAUAUUUCAUAGUAUAAAAACAAUACCUUAUUCAUAUAAAUAUUUUGGAACUUCAAAUAUUAAUAAUUCAAAUAAUGAUGGAACAUUAGAAUUUUUUAAAACAAUUCAUAAUUAUAAUAUAGCUUGGUUACCGAUAAAUCAAAUUCAAAUUCAAAACUGCAAAAUUAAGAUUACUUCGAAAAAUUUUAAACAAAAUUUUAAUUUUUCUUUAUCUAAUAAUAAUGAAGAAGAAGAAGAUAUUAUUAAUAUUCCACUCACACCAGUUGACAUAGUUGAUUAG